GCUUAGCGGCGAUAGCAUCGAGAAUCAGUUACAAAAAAAAGAAAUCAUAAUCAAAAAACACCAAACGGGGUGUUAAGCUAAUUACUGAUAAAGACAUCGUCCCAGAAUUUACGAUCGAUCAGAACGGUUUCGACUUUACGCGAGUGCGCACGUUUAACAAAUUGAUCUUAAGCCUUAAAUCUGAAUUGGAAAAAAGUGAUAAAGUGCUCGAAGCAGACGCCAAACAGGAUACUCCACUUGUUAUCAAAUAAUUAAAUACGGAAGGCAAUUAAACGGUACCCAGCGAAGAUGUUUGCAUACACUUGGCAAGUUUCCACCGUUAUCCUGGUCAUCCUGGCGGCAAUGGCAAUGGCAGCUCCACAGCUGCAGGAGGUUCCACAUGCCCUUCUCGACAUCGAAACACCCAAUCAGUUUAACUACAGUCCUUCUCCUUUGGCCCAGCCAGAUAGUUUGCGUUCCAAGCCGUACUUCGACUUCCUGAGCACCCUCUAUGCCCAUGACUCGGCCAAGUCGAACCUCUUCCGGCCGUACUCGGGACGCCAGCGUAGGGAUUUGGGUGCUCAGAAACUGGAUCGCCCACGCAGGGCCAUCGUCUUCAGGCCUUUGUUCGUCUACAAGCAGCAGGAGAUCCGUCGGCAGGAGAUCCAGGAAAGGAAUGCUGAGAGACGUCACGAUCUGAACAGCGUGCAUCGGUUGUAGUCACCUGUGACCCCCUGAUUAAGCCUAAUCUAAUUAAUCCAAUCCAGUGCCCAUCCAGUCAACCCGGGAUGUUGGCCUUCUACAGGGUCCUCUAGCACUUAGCCACUUAGCACCUCCACUGUGUCCUAGCCAUAAGUUAAAUGCACUGCAGCACGACGAGAGAGAGCACUCAUCGCUAUAUAUAUAUUAUGUGUAAACCAUUCGCACCGCCACAACACCACCCACAUCCUCGUAGACUAAGUUCCAGAUGUUUGUUAUGCAACUUGUUAUCGCGACGUUUGAUUAAAGCUAACAAAACUGAUUUUUA